AUGGGCGAAAUCCUCGAGAAGCGCAAGGAAUCACGUUUGCUGGUCACAUUGGCCAAUACACUCGCGCACCUCAACGAAACAUGGCACAAGAUGAGGCAGGAUCCGAAUUUCGUCGUCACCCAGUGCCAACACGUCCUUGACGAAUUCCGGUGUCUGGAUCAGCUUCUUCAGCUGUGGACGAGUGACCGUGACAUCGUCCCGUCGGCAGGUCUUCGUGACGAUUCCGACGAACGUAUCGAUUCUGAGCGCGAGCUGCAGACGCUGGCCCAGCUCCAUGCGCAUGGCAAUUUCAACGACCCUCUCGUACAGGCGGAGUACGCUCAGAUCCGGAAGGCCACCACAGGCAAAAGGGAUAAUUCGGCCAAGUCUUACCUGGAGCUCUUUGAGGACAAGUCCUGUCUACGGCACAUGAGUGAGGUGUUGCUUCACCAAGGCUUCUACUUCGUGCCGAGCUUGGACCGCCAUGCCAUGCUGAUCAACGAUCUCGAGCGCAGGGCCGGAGAAGCUGAGAAGAAGCAGCAGGCUCAGGCGGAUGAGAGGGACCAAGUCUCAUAG